CGUACUCCCCCCACUGCACCGUACGGGUCGUCACCCGCGCACCGUAGCAUCUGACGGCCACCGCCGUCGCCGACGACACGACGGAACCAGUACCCAGUACCAGCAGAGGCUGAACGAUCGGGUACCUGUUUCGUUAUUCCCUCGUCAGUUUUUGUCCGUAACGACUAGAAUAAUAACGAUUACGUCUCGCCGUGUAUGCGCCCUGCGCGAGUGCCUCGUUAUACAGUGCGUCCGCGUCCGUCCGUCCGUCCGUUCGUUCGCCCGCCGCAUUCUUCCGGCGCGGAUCGAUGAUUUUUUUUCAUUCGACGUCGCGAGUUUCGAUUUUCAUUAUUAAUUCGUCGUUUCACUCGGUCCUGACGGUAGUCGUCGUUACGACUUGACGUAUGCGUGCGCCAGUAGUGUUCCGUUUUCGUUUCCCCGCCGCCGCGUGUGGACACAUCGGAUUUUCCGACGUCUGUCCUAUCACAGAACAAUGCGACUUACGUGAAGCGUGUGUUUCAGGCGAUUAGCAUAAUGUCGAGCGGAAGCAGUGGCGGAAAGUCGGCUUCUGUCGGCGGCGAGGGCGUAAAGCCGGGCGUGGGAUCGGCGUUCGUGCCGGUCAUGCCGUCCAGCGGAUCGUUCUACGGGCACCCGUCGAUCGCGUCGCUACAACAGCCGUCGCCGUCGUCGGCCGACUUUUUCGCCGCGUCCAUGAUGGUUGACAAGCACAAGGCCCUCCAACAGCACCACCACCUUUCGUCGCUCCAGCAGCAGCAACAGCAACAGCCGACGCCGGGCAUGUACGUACCCAAACACAAAUCGCAGCAACAGCAACAGUCGCCGUCGGCCAACGCCGCGGCAGCUGCGGCCGUUUCGCUGCUCCACCAGCAACAGCAGAACGAACUGAUGGCCAUGGCGCUGGACAAGAACAAGGUAUUGCAGGCCGUCAUGCACCAGCGUGGCUAUGCUCACCCGUUCCUGCUCAACCCUGGCGGCCAGUACGGUAGACAGCCUCAUUCGUCGCUGUUCGGUGGGCCAGCUGCGGGUACCGGCCCUGGCGCGUUCGGCUCAGUGGCCCCGCGACCGCGUGCCUCGGCCGUGGGUGCGGGCGCUGGUGGCAUCGGCCGGGCAUCCCGACCCAAAAAACAGUUCAUAUGCCGGUUCUGCAAUCGGCAGUUCACCAAGAGCUACAACCUGUUGAUACACGAGCGAACGCACACGGACGAGAGGCCUUACUCGUGUGACAUUUGCAAAAAAGCGUUCCGAAGGCAGGACCAUUUGCGCGAUCACAAGUACAUCCAUUCCAAGGAGAAACCGUUCAAGUGCACGGAAUGUGGCAAGGGGUUCUGUCAGUCGCGCACGCUAGCCGUGCACAAGAUACUGCACUUGGAAGAGUCACCGCACAAGUGUCCGGUGUGCAAGCGCAGCUUCAACCAGCGCAGCAAUCUCAAGACGCAUCUACUCACGCACACCGACCACAAACCUUACGAGUGUUACUCGUGCAACAAGGUGUUUCGGCGGAACUGCGACCUGCGCCGGCAUACGCUCACCCACGCGGUCGGCGACGCGCCCACCACCGGUACGUUGGGCAGCGGGGGUGCGGCAUCUUCGUCGUCAGCGUCGCCCGCGGGCGCGGUUGCACCGCGAUUGGCUGCAGACGACGAAGACUUCUGUGACGAUGACGACGACGAGGAUGAGGACGAACUGUGCUCGAUGCUGCAAACGCCGUCCGGGCGGAGCCGCCGCCGUGGUCGCGGUGGCGAGGACGACGAAGACUGCGGCGAGGAUAUGGACGACGACGAGGACGUGGACGUGGACGAAGAGGACGCGGAGGCGGCCGCCACCGGAGCCGCGUCAGAACCGUCGGCGUCAGUCGUUGCUGUCGCCGCCUCCACCUCCACCUGUUCUUCGAGCGUCGCCGAAGCCACCGCCACUGUCGCGAAACAGGAACCGACGUCGUCUUCGUCGUCCGUCGACACGGGUUCUACGACAGCGACUGUGGCCGCCGCCGAUGUCGCCGAAGAAGAGGAGGAAGACGUCGGAAAGAUUUCCCUAUUCCGACGGGUGGCCGUACCCAGAGCCGGUGUGCACGAAACAAAGUGUCACGACGAGUCAUCUGCGUACACUAUGCGUCCAUCGUCAAGCUAUCAUCACCACCACAAUCGUUACCAACAACAACAGCAAUCACACAACCACCACCAACCGCAACCACUCCAUCUAUUCUUACAGCCUCCACUACUCCACCAUCAGCAAGUCCAACAACAGCAACAGCAGCACCACCACCACCACUCUAUGUUGAACGUCAGGAGAGACUUGCACGACCGGUCGACGAGAAUGGUGAUGCCGGUACCGUCGGCACAAGCGUUGCCCUCGCCGCAGCCGGCCGCGUUCCUGUCGCUAUUCCAUCCGUCGUCCGCCGCGCCUGUCGCCGCUGUGCCGCCGCCAACGCCCCAACAGCCGCCUCCUAAUCAGAACAACGGACAGCCUGCUCCGCCUAAGCGCAAAGGGUUCAGCAUCGACGAACUGAUGAGUUAACGCGUUGCGCACGCGAUCUUCGGUCCAACACGCCUGUCGCGGUCGUCGGUGCGACGAAAUUCGAUGUACAUAAUAUUAUAGAUUACGCUGUAGUUGUUAUAGAUGUCGAGUGUGCACAUUGUUUACGUCACGUCAAUCAUUCGCAGUACCAGUGAAAGCAUUUAAAACAAACGUCAGACGCUCGGGACCAGAUCUCGAACAGUGACAGUUUUAUGUAUGAUUUAAUAUUUAAAUCUUUAAACGAUAUUGCCGUCCAGGUUUUAUUUAUUAUUAUUAUUAUUAUUAUUAUUAUAUAUUAGUUAU